AUGCUUAGCCAACAAAACAUAACUUACACUGAGAAGGUUGAAGCUACUGAAGAGGCGUAUAUUGAAAGCUCCUGCAUGGAUGAGUAUUUGUCAGCAACAAAGUCUGGUUCCAUCUGGCCUUUGCCAAUAAACGAAGAAGAGAAGUUUGAGGGAAUGUCUAAAUUCAUAGAUAUGUUGAUGGAAAUAGUUCGUCCAAAGAAAAUGUUAUACAUUGCAGUAGAUGGUGUCACGCCGUUUGCAAAAAACAAUAGCAGGAGAUCACGGAGAUUCCUAAGUGACAAGGAGGAGAGGAUGUCAGACACUGAACUAGAUUUGAUAUGGCAUGAAAAAGGAUUUUCUGAAUCUGAAUCAUCAGCAGACGAAUUAGAAUUUAACAGAAACCUAAUUUGUCCGGGCACCAAGUUUAUGUCUAGACUGCAUGUUCACCUACACGAGUACAUAGCAAACAAAAUAAACACUCAACCCAGUUGGGUUGGUAUUAAGGUUAUUUUGUCAGAUGCCACUGUUCCAGGUGAAGGCGAGCAUAAGAUUAUGGAAAUAGUUCGAAGACAGAAAGCAACACCUACACAUGACAUUAACUCGCGUCACUGUAUCUAUAGCAACGACGGUCUGGCAACCCAUGAACCAAAUUUAUCAAUCAUCAGAAAAGAAAUACCGCUCGGUGAUUGGUGCAAAGACAAGGUUCCGUACUUCUUUAUUACUAAAUUACAGUGUCUUGAGAAAGAAAUGUACGUAGCUGGGCUGGGAAGUGGAGUGCACAAUAUCAACCGAACUAUUGAUGACUGGGUGUUUUUAUGUUGCCUCCUUGGCAAUGACUUUUUACCAAAAUUGCCUUCACUGAAUAUCAACGAGAAGGCACUUGAUAGGCUGAUACGUAUGUACAAGACAGCUGUUACACACACCAUGCUAGGCAAGGAGGAGGAUGUCAUAUUCAGAGAGAGGCGUCGGAGGAUUAAAUGGGCCAACUCUUAUGUAAAGGGUCUAUGUUGGAUAUCAAUGUAUUAUUAUCAUGGCUGUCCAUCCUGGCAGUGGUUUUAUCCAUACCAUUAUGCUCCAUUUGCUAUGGACUUCAUAAAUAUUACCAAUCUACAAAAUGACUUUGAAGUCGGCGAGCCACUGAAACCGCUUGAACAGUUAAUGGCUAUAUUAACACCGAGUAAUGAUCAUUUGUUACCAACAACAUGGAGACCUUUAAUGACAGAUGAACUUGGUGAUUCUCCUAUUAGCGAUUUCUAUCCUGAUGACUUUGAAACCGAUUUGAAUGGUGAGAAAUAUACAAGCCGAGGUGUCGCUCGAAUUCCUUUUGUGGAUGAGACGAGACUGAAAGAAGCACUAGAGGGUCUACACCUGACAAGAGAUGAAGAAUGCAGAAAUAGGUUUGGCCAUAACGCUGUAUUCUUGGAUGCAACACACCCGGCGUAUGUAUUUUUUAAACAAUUUGGCAACAACAACAAAGAUGAUGAGGGAUGUAUAGUAUUAGAUGCAGAUAAAUGGAUACUUAAACAAUUGGAACACCAAGAAAGUAAACUUUAUUCACGACUGUAUAGAAAGGAACUAGAGAUUGAUUACUAUGCCCGUGCACAGCGACUUGAAGAGAUCCCACUUCUUAAAAAAGAUUAUGAAGAGUUUGCCUUGAUGGACAGAGAAACCUGGGAUGAUGAAGAAGAGAAGAGAAUCCAGAAUCUGAAAGAAGAGCGGGAAUUGUCCAAGUUGGAGCGAAAUCGUUUGGCCUGUAUGGCAGUUGAUAGAGAUGAAUUCCUAAAUGGUUUUACCCAGGCCAAAAUGUCUGUCUAUAAGGAAAAACUAGAAAACUUCAAGACUAUGUACGAGGAAGAAAGGAAAGUGCGUCUGGAAGAGCGGAAAGAGAGGCGUAAAGAAGAACGUCGACAGAAGUGGUUAAAAGAAAAGGAAAGGGAACGAGAAGAAGAACGAGAACGAGAGAAACGAGCCAAACAGGAGGAAGAAAAGAUGGAAUACAGAUACAGACUUGCUAAAUUGGAGGAACAAGCUGCUAAACAGAGAGAAAUAGAGAAAAAAAUUGAAGAGAGACUGGCCAGAAGAGAAAUGACUUCCAGAGAUAGGUCUGAACCAGAAAGACGAAAUGCUGGUUGGAGACAUGAAGAACGAAAAUAUGAUGAUUCUGGCCCAUGGAGAGCUUCAGUGCCAAGUGAACCUGCUAGCGACCAACCAACUCGGGCCUGGAAACCUCCGUCCAAGAAUGGUGGAGGAUGGAGAGCCAGAGAAAUGGACAGGGGUGGUGCACAGAGGAGGGAUGCAAGAUCUCCUCCUUUUCAAGAUAGGCCUUCCCUGGAUGAUGCACCCACUCGUGACAGGCUUCCAGCUCGUAGUGAGAGAUACAGUGAUAUAAGACGAGAAGAUGGGCCUUGGAGAGGGUGGGACGACCUUGACAGACGUGGCCCUCCACCUGAAGAUAGAGACAAAGCUUGGGCACGUAAGGACGAUCGUGAUAGAUCUGGUCCAGCCUUAGACAGAGAAAGUGAUUGGCGACGAGGACCUCCACCUGAUGACCGUGAUAGACGAGGACCCCCGCUUGAUGACCGUGAUAGACGAGGACCUCAGUUUCAUGAUCGUGAUAGACGGGGACCUGGUGCAUGGAGACGUGAUGAUCGUGGUCCUCCCAGCAGAGGUCUACCCCAACGAGAUGACAGAGGACCCUGGAAAGGAUCUUCCAGAGAUGAUAGCAGACCUGGCUGGCGUCAAGAAGAACGUGAUAGGGGCCCACCUGUGAAAGAAGAUUGUUAUGUUCCACCACGUGGGGAUGAAGAGCGAGAUUGGCGUAGAGAUGACCGUGGACUUAUAAGAGAUGAUAGAGAUCGUGAACCUCCAAAUGCUUGGAGACGUGACCGAGGCCCUCUUGUACGCGGUGACAGAGACAGGCCACCGAUGCGUGAUAACCGAAACAGGCCACCACUGCGAGGUGAUAGGAACAUUCGCAGCCCACCAGAUGAUCGUUGGCGUGACAGACCCCAAAGAGAAAAUAAAUGGAGACGCGGAGAUGAAAGACCAAGUGAUUCUAGACUACCUCCUAGAAAUAAAGGUCCUCCACCACGCAGUGACAGAGAUGAGAAAUGGCAAAGAAGCAGAGAAGAACCUGAAAGAAAUAAGGAAGAUGACGGUUGGCCUCUGCCCAUUAGCGAAGAAGAAAAGUUUGAAGGAAUGUCUAAAUUUAUAGAUACAUUGAUGGAAAUAGUUCGUCCAAAGAAAAUGUUGUUUAUUGCAAUGGAAGGAGUCACGCCAUUUGCAAAAAAUAAUAACAGGAGACAAAAGAAAUUCCUAAAUUACAAGAAGGAUAGGGAAGCAGAAGCUGGAAUAGAAAGAAGAUCGGCAGAUGAAUUCGGAUUUGACUAUAAUUCUCUUUGUCCAGGCACAGAUUUCAUGUCUAGACUUCAUGUUCACCUACGUGCGUACAUUGCUGACAGAAUCCGAACUCAACCUAGAUGGGUUGGUAUCAAGGUAAUCUUGUCAGAUGCCAGUGUUCCAGGUGAAGGCGAGCAUAAGAUUAUGGAAAUAAUCCGAAGCCAGAGAGGUAUUAUCAGUGUCAGGGUUUUUGAUGGAAAUUAA